CAAUUAUCUCUCCUGCACGCUCCCUUUCGCUGUCUUGUAUUCACAGCUACUAUUCGCUGUCUUCUACAAUGCAGCUUCUGGGACGCGUCGAUUAACAGUCGUUCUCUUUUAGCCACCGAUAUGUCGAUUUCCGCAUCACCAACACUCAGAGCCAGCAUGCCUCGUCCCGAUGCGAGGUCGACAACGCGUCAUGAAGCGGAGAAUCUGGAUCAGAUCAUACGGACUUCACCUGCCACUCGACAUUACAAAUCUCUUCCUCAGAGCCUCACUUUGCGCGGGCUUCUCUGUGGUAUUGUUCUUGGGAUCCCGCUCUGCACUUCCAGCAUGUAUUUCGGGUUGCAAACCGGGUGGUCCAUGGCGACGACAAUGCAAGCCGCGUUACUAGGAUUCGGCGCCCACAAGACUUUCACAAAGCAACUGUCUUUCCCAUUCAGCCCAGAAGAAAACGUUUUGAUCCAGACCGUUGCUAGCGCAGCCGCCUCAAUACCGAUUGCAGCUGGUUUCAUCAGCGUCAUCCCUUCCAUACAGUUUCUCACCGAACCGCAAGAACGUGGACCCUUGCAAUUGAACGGGCUGAAAUUCCUGACUUGGUCGCUCGGGAUAUGUUUCUUUGGUCCGCUGUUCGCUAUGUUAUUUCGAGUCCACUUCAUUGUGAAGCAACAGCUUCCUUAUCUGACCGGCACAGCUACAGCUUCUCUCAUUGAUGUCUUACAUGACGCAAUCGAGACCACACCGCUCAAUGGAAAGGAUCUAUCCACGAACAAGGACAUCCGCGGUCUUCUGUUAUCACUCGCCUUUUCUGGCAUCUUUACUUUGUUAAGCUACUUUGUCCCAAUACUACGGAACGUACCGAUCUUCGGUACGAUUGCUGCGAACCAAUGGCUAUGGACUAUAAACAUAUCUCCAGCCUAUAUUGGCCAAGGCAUCAUCAUGGGCCCUACUAUUACACUUCAUAUGCUAUUUGGAUGCCCCGUCGGGCGGGGAAUACUAUCACCUUCGGCCGCAUCCACGGGGUGGGCGCCAGGCAAGGUACGGGAUUGGGAAACCGGUUCCCGGGGCUGGAUUACUUGGAUCAGCCUUGCCGUGUUGUUAGCGGACACAGGGGUUUCUUUUAUAUGGUUCAUCGUUCAGCCGGCCGUCAAACAUUACCAUUUGUCCAAAUGGGGUUUGGGGGUGUUCAUGCACCCGCUGCAAGGUGCACACGAGAUCGAGCCCAAUUACGCCCCGCUCAUGGACUCUGGCAGUGGUUCUUCAGACGGAUUCCAUUCGCCAUUUGGUCCUGCCCCAAGACUAUCGACGAAUGAUGAUGGAAGUCUCCAAGUUCCAGUGAGACAGCGGUUUCGCCUUCGAACACGAACCAUUGUUAUAGGGUUGAUCGCAGCAAUUGCGUUAUCUAUCCUCACAACUGAAUACGCGUUCGACGGUCUUCCUUCAAAGGUGUCUAUUCUAACAGCAACCUUGGUAUCGAUAAUUUUGAGCAUCCUAGCCAUGAAAGCACUCGGCGAAACUGAUGUCAACCCUGUCUCCGGGAUCGGAAAGGUUGCACAGUACCUUUUCGCACUGAUUCCGUUCCAUACUGCUAGUAGCCCGGUUCUAUUGAACCUCAUAGCCGGCGCCGUUGCAGAAGCUGGCGCGCAGCAAGCAGGAGAGAUCAUGCACGACCUCGAGACGGGCUACCUCUUGAAUGCGAAUCCAUACGCUCAGUUCAUUGGUAUGACAAUUGGGUCUGUCGUUGGUGCGGUUACAUCAACUGUUGCAUACCUGCUUUAUUCGGCCAACUACAAGAUCCCAGGCGAUCUGUUCGAGGUGCCGACAGCAUUCAUAUGGAUAUACGCAGCCAGGUUAUUCAAUGGUGGAACCUUGCCUGAUCGGGUCCCUCAGUUCGGGGUGGGUCUAGGCGCGGCUUUUGUUCUGACCUCUAUCCUGAGAUUAUGGAUCGUCAAUGAGCGGAUUCGGCAAUGCCUUCCAAGCGGGGUUGCGUUUGCGAUGGGCAUGUACAACGCUCCCAACUUUACUCUCGCCCGGGUACUGGGUGGGGUCCUAUUCUGGUAUUGGACCAAAGUUAAAGAUAGAAUGCCAUCCACCAUCAUCAUAAUAGCCAGUGGUUUAAUUCUCGGCGAAGGGCUAGCUAGUUUUGUGACACUUGGCUUCCAGUCGUUGGGCCUGCGCCAUCUAUGA